UAUUAACUAAUCCUUAGUAAAUAGCUAGUUUAUCUGCUUAAGUGCGAUUAUUUUUGUGUUGCUGAAGGCGUGUCGCGCAUCUGUUAUUAUGCUUAGAACUCCCAUGUGAUGCAUUUAUAUUGUCUUCACUAAGAUAUCAAUGACAGAUGGCUGGACAAAACUCGGAAAUCGAGCUUGAUUUGAUCAAAACUGGAGAGAGAAGCUCUUUUGUAAAAGCUGGAGCGGAGGUAUCCAGCACAGCACCUGGGAGGCUGUCACCUAUUCCUGAGCUGGAUCCCUGGGAAAGAGAAGCAGACUCUACGGACUCUACGGAAUUCACUUACUCCUUAUGCUCAGUGGACAGGUACAGCACUGCCAGCAGCUCCCUGUCUGACUCCCAGGAGAGAGGAGACCUCUGUGCUAGGAUUGUACUAAAUUGCCUCUUCUGCCAAUUCUACGACUUGUUCCUCAUGCUACCUGAAACAUGCGAGCGAGCUGCUAACUCCAUCUGCCCUACCUACAUGCUUUUCUCUCCACCUGCGGAACCUGCACACAACACCAACUGGAACUGCGGUUGUGAUUUUGACUGUGGCCUUAGGGACGCCUGCCAUGAAACAGGGGAAUGCCUUGAGCUGGCGAUGGAAAUUUCUGAGGUUUGCUAUCACUGAGGUGCCUGCAAAACCGAAGAUGUUAAAGGUGCUUCAUUGGAAGAACACUUUACACUUUCGUCUCACUUUGGGAAGGAAAAAUUGCUCAUUUUAAAUCAAAGAACACGACAGUCUAUGCCAAGCUAAUAUAUACCCAUUUGGGGUUAGAAUAAUCAAAUCAAGAAAAAUAUAAACAUGAACAUGACAUUUAAAGGUCCCGUUCUUCGUGAUCCCAUGUUUCAAACUUUAGUUAGUGUGUAAUGUUGUUGU